GUCAUACGUAUAAAUUUGUUCAAAUUGAGAACCUCGCACUACAUUUGUACCAUACACUCAACUAUUGAAUUUUGAAUAACCUCCCUUCCCUCGCAACCAUGGCCAAAGGAUCCUGCAUGUGCGGUGCCAUCAACUACGAAUACACAGGCGAACCAGCAGUGACCGCAUUGUGCCAUUGUGUAGAUUGCCAGAAGUGGACAGGUGCAGCCUACACCUCGAACGUCGUCGUCCCGCGCGGUAACUUCAACGUAACCAAGGGCUCUCCAAAGGACUACGAUGCCGUUGGAGCAUCGGGCAAGAUCAACAAGCAUUGGUUCUGUUCUACAUGCGGCUCCUCGCUGUACACUGAGUUGGAGAUCAUGCCAGAUGUCACUUGCAUCAAGUCUGGCGGUCUUGAUGGUGGAGCUGCAGACCACAAGAUUGCCGUGGAGUUCUACAACAAAGAUCGUUUGAGCUAUACCAAACCAGUUGAGGGCGCGGACCAGAAGCCCGAGUUCUCCUAA